GUGCAGGUGCCGGGGGAUGGAGAAGCCUGCGAAUGCUCCAAUUCGUCAGGUCACUGUUAGCACUUACACAUCAAAAAUUAACUACUCUUGGGUGGCUCACUUUUGGGUAUUUUGAAAUCUUUGGAAGGCGGCUCGGAACGUACUGAACACAGCUGUGGGAGAGCCAAGGCAGAGAGCAUCACAGGCCCAGGCCGGCUUCCAGGCGUGCGUCCUUCACAGUCCGGUGCUGCAGUGGACACUGUUGGAACGUUGACCCGGGGGCCAGGGCGAGGGGGCUCCUCUCGUGGCGUAGUGAGCCUUGAGCCUCGGGUACAGGGAUGCCGCGGCAGGGGGCUGCGGGCGGCUUGGGGCGAGGACAGGAGCCCCCCUUCCUGCCCAAGACGCGGCACGGAGGGAGGGAGGAGGGGGCAGGCAGGCGGCGGUGCCCUGCGCUCCAGCAGUCACGUCUCGGUGGUUCUGGGGGGCACCACGGCCUUGUGGGCGCUGUUUCCUCCCGUUGCCGGUCCCCCCGCCCAGCUCUGCCACGGGCACUGGAGGGAGGGCGCGUGGUGAGCAUCUGCCUGAAGUGAGUUGAUCUGCUCUCAUUAGCCGUCCAGUGGCCCCCGGUCUGGGCUGGAACCAAGAGGAAGCCCCGGAGACUCUGCUCCAGCCGCCUCGCGGGGAGGGCUUGACACCACCGGGCGGGCGCGGGGCACCGGGGACGGCGACGUGGGUGCAGCUACAUCUGCCCACCGGGAGCACGCGGCUCUGCGGUCGUUCCCGGGGAAGCUGGAGGAGCCCAGGCGUCCAGGGACAGCAGGGGGGAUGAGGAUGGACGCCCAGCAGCGCGUGGCUCGCGGGAACCUUCAGGGCACGCGGUUGAGGGGAAGAUGCAAGCCCGCAGAGCGCGCGCUCUGACUUCGCUUCCAAGAAGAUGAAAAACGGGCAGAAUGCAGCCUGCACGGCCCAGGAAUGUGGGGGACUGCUUAUGCCAGGGGUCGGACGUGUGCGUCGGGCGGGCGAGGUGGGGGGCCGGGCCACGGCGUGCAGGUGGGGCGGCGCGCCCCUCCGCGUGCACCUCUGCUGUCCUCCUGGGUCACACACACGUCACACGUGCGUGCAGACGGGCACACGCACAGCCGCGCGGAAAGGGCUUCUCACCGACGUCCUCCGUCGCCCCGAAUCUCCCUGCCCUGCGUGCCCCCCCGCCCCCCAGUCUCCCAGACACCCACAGGGGCCGAGGGGCUGCUUUCUCCCCGGGCUGGAUGGCAAGGCGGCAGGGGCGGGGGGCGCGGCCCGUGGGGACCUGGAGUCUGGCGGGGGCGCCUCUGCCCGGGGGAGGGGCAGGCGCUGGGCGGGGGGCGUGUGCGCUGGGGCUGGGGGCCCGGGCGGGGGGCUUUCUCCACCCCGACUCCCGGCUCCCCUCCACCCCCGCCGCUCGGGGCAGCCGGCCUGGCAGGUACCCCUUGGGUAGGCGCCGCCGUCCCGCCCCACCUGCCGCCCUCUGCCUGCGGAGGUGUGGGGGCGCGGGGUGGGCGGGUGCAUCCCGGCAGCGAAGGCGAUGGUGCAGGGAGAGCACGUCCUGGGAGCAGGCCCGGGGCGGCAGCAGGCCCCACCUCUGCAGACCCGCUCCCUGGUCUAAGCUGCACUUCAUCAAAGAUUAUCACUUUUUUACAGACGCAUUAAAAGCUGAGCAAGGCCGGGCUUGCAGGCGGGCGAAGCCUGGAGGACGGUCUCCAGCUCUUCCGCCCGUCUUGGCCUGUUCCUGCGACGCCCCGUGCCCCCCGCGCCCCCGUCGCGUCCCCAGAGCUGCGAGGGGAGGAGGGCUGUGGAGGUGGGGGCCUAGGGGACAGCCGUUGAGUUGGGGUUCCAUCCUUUCACAGCAUACUCUUUUCAGGGAAGGAGUGGUGUCCCCGGGCGACCUUGACCUCGUCAUGUCGGACGGCCUGGGCAUGCGGUACGCGUUCAUCGGGCCCCUGGAGACCAUGCACCUCAACGCAGAAGGCCAUGAGCGGGAGCGUUCCAGAUGACCCCGCGCACUUGGCUGCCCGGAGGGAGUGGCGGGACCGGUGCCUCGCGAGCCUCUCGAAGCUGAAGAGCCAGCUGCAGCCCCAGUGAAGCCCCUGCGAUCGCGGGCGCCGCGCCGGAGCCCGUCGGCUGCGAUCACCGGCCCCCGAUGGCCUGGCGCCGGGGCCUGGCGGGCGACGCGGUGGAGCCCGGGCGGGGGUCACGGCUGCAGUGGGGUCUGCGGGCUGUGCGUCCCCUGCCCCCGCCACCUCCCCGCAGGCGAGAGAGCAAAUCGUCUGAAGAUUUUACUGUUUCUAGUGUGAGCACACGUGGAUACAGUUCACAGCCGGUGAUGUGGUUUCACGCUGUUGUAAUCUGCUGCAGAAUCUUCUCAUAAUGACUUUCCGAGCUGUUGCCGAGGCCUCUGUGGCCCUGCAUGUAUCAGGCAACUCCCCUCACUUUCUUCAUGUUUAUUGCAAAUAAAAGUGUUCGAUUC